AUGGGGCUUUUGGCCUCGUCACGCUUGUGCUGGCGUCAUUUUGAUGAAGAUGACAUCAUUAAGGGUAAAUUUAUUUUAGGCCAAUUUCAUCCACAACAACGAUGGCGACUGAAAGAUGGAGCUGCACCAAAGCAUCUUUUAGGUAACAAUGGCCUACAAGACAACAGACGCGCAGCAUUGGAAGAUUUGCCUCUAAAUGGUCCUGUGAAGAAGAAGAAACUGCAGCCAAGAUGCAAAACAAUUACGUCAAUUUUGGGGACACCUAUUUCCAGCAUUGUUCAAAAUCAGUUAACUACUAUUCACCACACAGAUCGUAGGAACGGUUCCCAACUUAAAACUAAAUUGCUUUGCACAAAUGCUCUCUCAGAUUCUGGUUCCAGCCAUGUGAUGUUUGAAGACGACACUCUGAUGGGUUAUGCUCCUGUGCCUAUAACUACUGUUCUAACAGAUCCUGGGCCAAGCCAAGUAAUGUUUGAAGACGACACUCUGAUUGAUUCAGUUCCUGUGCCUGUCACUUCUGCUCUUCCUGAUAUUUCAAAACACUCUACAGUGUCUCAAACUGUUGUUAUAUUUCAUUUCUUAAAAUUAGAUCCUGGGCCAUUCUAA